AGCUCUCCGCCCCGUCGGCGGCCGGGCCCGAGCAGUGAGCGCUGCUAUGUCUGGGAGGAAGCUGCGGCUGGCGGUGUGGAACGCGCGGGCAGCGCUGCUGUACUCCCUGGGCGGAUGGACCAUCCUGGGAGGAAUGCUGCACUACACCAAGAACCGCGGCGACGGCUUCGAGGAUAAAAGUGAACCUCAGACAAAACCAGGACCCAGGCAGGAAAUAUACAGGACAGAAACAGCUUUUGGAUUUACAGUGACAACAAUAGUAACACACAGGGAAGAUGAACCUCCCAUUACUCGACUGCUCAGGCGUGUGAAGUCAUACUUCUUUCCUGAUGACAGCCCUCCUUCCAAAAACUGAGUGGAA